UAGGAAAUUUUCUCAGUCUUGGUUUGAUGUUCGACAGAGUUGUUUGUUUUUUCGGUAAUAUUUUUCACGAGUGUAUAAUUAUUAUUGUACAAAGAGUAAAAAAUACAACAACAACUAACACUUAGUUAAUUACAUCAUUUAUAUAAUUUUCAUUAAAAAAUCUAAGAACAAAAAAUUAAAUAAUUAUUAUUAAAACAAGAACAACAGAAACAAACAAAAAAAAAAUCAAAAUAUGAUAAAUGUGUAAAUGAACUUAUACCUAUAUGCUGUGAAAAGUGUGGAGGUGAUUUUUCUUAUCAGAUGGCCGGGCACAAAUUAAACAAAAUCAUGAAUGGACUUUAAAUUAUAAUUUCGUGUGUAUGGCUCUAAUACAUACAACAUUCAUGUAUUUAGAGUAGCGCCUCCAAAUUAAAAGGAAGUGUCUUCAGAGAGUUGACUUGACCAUUGUGAUACCCAUGUGAAAUGCCUUAUGAAAAAUUCAAUAAAAAGCGUAGACAAUGGGAGGAUAAUGGAGUUUUAGAGUUAAUUAAAUUAUGGAAAGUUUGUGCCUAUGAAUUGCGCACUAUUAAACGCAAUGGCCAUCUCUAUGUGGCUAUGGCAAAGCAAUUGACCGGUCUUGGAGUACCCGUAACUGCAUUAGAAGUACACUUUAAAGUGAACAAUUUAACACAACGCUAUAGACAAGAACAGAAAACCUUUGAAGCAACUGGUAUAAUAAGUACAUGGAAAUUUUAUAAUCAGGUGGAUGAUGUCUUUAAAAGCUUGGGACAAACAGGCUAUACAAAAGAUAAACGUAUUAUGACCCCAGCAUCUAAUGCUAGCAGUUUACCGUCUUCAUCCGAGUCACCCGUUUGGAAAAAUCAAAUGUCUCAACAAGAGUUUAACAGUAAUAAUUCCGAGGGAUUUUACAAAUCGGAAUAUGGCAUGCACCGGCAUUUCAUAGAUCAUACGCAGGCCCAGGCUGCUAAUGGUGCUGGUGGUGCCACCGGCAGCGGUGCUGAUGUUAAUUUUAUGGCGAAUACAGCGGCUGCUGCAGCCGCUGUUGCUGCCGCCUCACGUCUAAAUGAAACAAAUCAAAUGGAUCAAUUAAAUGCUGCCGCCACGGCUGCUUCCUCCAAUAAUGCCACCAACGGUGGUGUCUUAAACUAUAAUAAAAUCAAAAAAUCACCCGAUGAUUACGAUAAAUUUGUGGAUAUUGUCAAAAAUAUUGUUGAUUCACACAAAACCACCCCAGACAAAGUCGAUACUUUUGGCGAUUUUAUAAAAUCCUACAUAAAACGCUGGCCUGAACGCCUCCAAGAUGAGGCUAUCAAUCAUAUAACAAACUAUAUAAUUGUUAAGAAUAUGGAUCAUACCAUGCACAGCACCAUCGAGGGUGUCAAUAAUCGACAAUAAUAUAAGAGUGAACCUAGAAACUAGGUUCACGUACAUAAUAAUUAAAUAAAAUUAAUUCUAUAAUCACAGCAACAACAUCAACAUCACAUGCAUAUAAACAAUAAAUGUUACUUAAGUUGAUUUUUAAUUUAAAUUUAUAUUUUAUUUUUAAUUAAAACAUUUCAAUAGAAAUCAUUAUAAGUUUUUAGUUUAAGUUUGUCUCAUUUUAAAGAUUUUUAAAUGUUAAGCAACAUUUAAGUUUUUUAUUUUAACUACGGUUUAACAAUAAUUUUUAACUACAACCCUUUAAGUUAUUUAAAGAAAAACUAAGAUGCAUACAAUAAAUAAUUAAUUAGGCUUAAAGCUUAGUUUUUAACUAAAUUAGUUUAUUUUACAUUUUUAGUUAUAUUUUUCUUAUUAAUGUAAGAAUUACACUUAAUACACAUAUAUAAAUAUGCUUAUUUUUAGUUUUAAAGUAAAUUUAAAAUUGAAAUCAAAUUCAAACAGAAAUUAUACUUAAAACAAGAAUUCAAAAUCAAAUGCGAUUUAUAUACAUAUAUAAUUAAUUUUUCUAUUGAUGUAAACAUGUUUCCUUAAAAAACAACAACAAACAUUUAAAAAUCAAUAAAAAGAAACAACAAAUAGAUUAUUUUUUUUUUUAAUCAAAAUAAUGAAAGGACUAAGGGUUUUUAUCUAAUAAAUUUUUGAUUAUUAAUGAA